CGGUGGCGGUCCCCGAGAGGGCUCCCAGCGUUGUGUGGUGACCGCGGCGGCCGCAACCCCAAACCCACUCCCGGCUCCAGCGCGGCCAGAAACCUGCGGACCGGACCUCGGGCUCCUCGGGCUCGCCCCGCCGCGCCCAGGGCGCAUCUGCGCACCUGGCCCCGCGACCGGUGGAGAGGACCAUGGGUCCCAGUCGGGACUGAGCGCCCCUACCCGUCUCCCCAACCCCUCCGGCUUCCCCCAUCCGCCUCCCCGAGGGUGAGCCGGGGUCCGCGCCGCCUCUCCCCUCUCCCCUGCCCCCGGCUCCCCUUCCCUCGGCCCGCCACCUCCUCCGGACCCGUUCCCGAGCCACCAUGGCUGCGGCCAUCGCCAGCGGCUUGAUCCGCCAGAAGCGGCAGGCUCGGGAGCAGCACUGGGACCGGCCUUCCGCCAGCAGGAGGCGGAGCAGCCCCAGCAAGAACCGCGGGCUCUGCAACGGCAACCUGGUGGAUAUUUUUUCCAAAGUACGCAUCUUCGGUCUCAAGAAGCGCAGGUUGCGGCGCCAAGAUCCCCAGCUCAAGGGCAUAGUGACCAGGUUAUAUUGCAGGCAAGGCUACUACUUGCAAAUGCACCCCGAUGGAGCUCUCGACGGAACCAAGGAUGACAGCACUAAUUCUACACUGUUCAACCUCAUACCAGUGGGACUGCGCGUUGUUGCCAUCCAGGGAGUGAAGACAGGGUUGUACAUAGCCAUGAAUGGAGAAGGUUAUCUCUAUCCAUCAGAACUUUUUACCCCUGAAUGCAAGUUUAAAGAAUCUGUUUUUGAAAACUAUUAUGUAAUCUACUCAUCUAUGCUGUACAGACAACAAGAAUCUGGUAGAGCCUGGUUUUUGGGAUUGAAUAAAGAAGGGCAAGUUAUGAAAGGAAACAGAGUAAAGAAAACGAAACCAGCAGCUCAUUUUCUACCCAAACCAUUGGAAGUUGCCAUGUACCGAGAACCAUCUUUGCAUGACGUCGGAGAAACGGUCCCGAAGGCUGGGGUGACGCCAAGUAAAAGCACAAGUGCGUCUGCAAUAAUGAAUGGAGGCAAACCAGUCAACAAAAGUAAGACAACAUAGCCAGAUCCUCACAGGUGUUGUGACUUACUGGUCCCGAGCACAGCUGAGUGAUUUAUCCUUGCCAGACAAUUCUGCUCCCGUGGCUGAGGAGCAGCUGGAAGUAAGCGGAUGCUUGCUCUCUGCUGUCUCGAACUUCUUGGUUGCAAGAGGAUGAAUUUCAACCUGUUGCACCUCCCACAACAAGAAGACGCCUGGAUAACCAGCUAAACUCAGACCAUGGAAUGCCCUACCAGAUAUGGAAUGCCUUUUUAAUAUCUUUUCUGUGACUGUGACACUUCAUGUGAAUGACAUACUUCACAAGUACACUCGAUACCUUGCCUGCUGACAGCUACCCAUAAUCCUUUUUGAGUCCUGUUUCAGCAAAAUCCAUGUGUUUAAGUUCACUUUUGUAGCACACAAAUACUAUUGAGUAAUUUCUAGUUAGAAGCUGUAAACCUGUGCUAUUAUGGAUUUCUCUUCUUCCCGUUUUUACAGGGCUGCUCGCUCCACUGUCUGUGACCUUUUGCAGGGAUUGUGCUCCUCCAAAUCUUAAAUGUUGCAGUUGGCUUAGUUCGGAGAGCGAUCAGGGAAUCAGGAAGCCUUCUAAACCUAUUCUUACAAAUUGCAUCAUAAAGAUUAAGAGUGUUGUCUGUGGCUCACACUAUCAAUUAAACACACAUAUACGCUCUGUUCAGUGGCAGGUACUGUGCUCCUGAGGUCGGCGUUGCCGGGGUAAGAAAUGGGUCAAACACAGCCCGUGGGAAGUUCUCUACGGUAUGUGUUUGACACGCCCCUAUAGUUUCUUUGUGUGUGUGUGUGUGUUUUAUACAUAUCACAAGCUUACUGGUAAUGGUAACAUUUGCCUUGCCCAGCGAGCAAGACCCACUGGUUUUUGAGAAAGUGGGUCCAAAGAACUCUGUAGGCCUUGUAGGCCUGAUUAAGGUUCAUUUUUCAUCUACUAAUCCUC